AUGCACCUGUCUCCGGAUACGCAUUUACCUGCACCACAGUUGGGACGCUGGUCCUUGUCGCGGGCAUGGCUGUGUGUGGUGAACGACCAGGCUUUCAAGUCCUUUGCAAUCUUCCCUAGCAAUGACCAGACCAUUAUCACAACAUCAAGUCGAGUGGACAAGGCAUGGCAGAUGAGGUCCACGGCCCAGUCUGGCUCGGCAACACCUGUCUCUAAAGAUCAACCUUCCGGGAAAGCUGCGUCGGUUCAAAUAGGAAAGGGGAGUAUCGAAAGCGAGCCUGUAGCCAAUGGCUCCACAGAGAGGCUGCAGUCUUUGGCUUUACUUGGUACUGCACUUAGUGUUGGAGGCUACAUCGUGCAAUUCGUCGGUUUGCGCGGAAUGCAUUGGUCGGCCUCGGUAGUUCAAUUAGGAGCUAUUGCUGUGAUGACCGUUCUUAGAGCUCUUGCUCGCCGUGGCUUAGCAACUCCUCCAAGAUCGGAGCCUCUCACUAAAGGAUUCGAGCUUGACUGGUUUGCAAUGUCCAUUGGAGAUGUUGACAAAGCACCUUGGAACGAUACGCCAAGACAAACCAAAAUGCCCCAGAAUAAUUACCCUCGUAAAGACUGGAGGAUUUUGACCGGCAGGAAUACGCUGUACGAGCCCUUGAAACAGGUGGAGAAAAAUGAUGACAGCCAGCAAAACAUUGCAGACACCUCAAACGCGGCACAUGCAAUCAUGAUGAUAAGGGAGAGUCUUGGGAAUCUCGCCCAGUGGCCUGGUCCCGCAUCCGCUGAAGCCAUCGCUCUUGCAAGGGCAAUGGAGAUUACAAUGGAUGCUCUAUUUGAACACCGUGACACCAACCUGUCAUGGGCCUGGACUCUUGAGGCCCGUUACUCCCAGAGAGCUAAAGAGCCGAUUGAGGCGGCGCUGUCACUAUGGUUAUAUUCCGUUGACGAAGUCGAGAACGAGGUACCUCAGGCCAGCGAGUGGCUGCUUGCGAAAGGAAUCAACGAGCAACUCGGCCUGCGGCUUCUCGGGCAGUAUACAGAGUCUCUCCACCGAGACCUGCAGUGGUGGAUGCCUCAUGGCACAGCAGGUAUCAAAAAGUUCAACAAGAUGAAAAGGGACCUCACACGUCUAAGUUUUGCUGAAGCCGACGAGAGCUCGACGGGCAGUGGGCCAGGGAGAUUAGCUGGUAAAGAUACGACCGAAAGUAAACAGGAGACCGUCAUUAACAAAGACGAUUCCAAACGUGGUUCAGAAAAGCUUUUCCUUGCAAGGGAGACAGUCAGCUCCUUAGCAUUGCUCUAUGCUCAGGACAUGUUCUCGGCAUUCAUGUGGGCCAUGGUGAAGACCUUAUCCGACCCGAUUGGGGGCGACGCUGAGAUACGACUUGAAGAUAAUGCCGACAUUGAGAGCUGGCAAUCGUUCACGCUCAAACAUACCCGACUCUUGAAAAUGACUCAGGAAGUCUCCGACACAGGCAUUGGUACUAUGGACCAAGUAUUCUUGGCUAUUAUCCCACCUUUGAGCGGCUCAGGGAAGCUUCCCAAAGCUGAUGGGCUGGUUGAGCUAGCCCGGCAACACGCGAAGCCACACGAGAAAACACGCCAUUGGCGUGCAGCGGGAGAAGUGUACUUAGGGCUAUUUCGAGUUGCAAAAACAUUUCCCGAAGAUAGCAGCAUCAGAAUCAGAGCUAUAUCCGUGCUAAUAGAGUAUCUGAGGACGGUCACGCUUACUCUAAAGUUGAGGCAAGAGCAAAAAGAUGAGAUAGACCUCGGGGAGUUGGAAGAUAUCCAACAAAUGCUGGCAUCCGAGCUCUGUGAAGUUGAUACGAGUUUGCUCGACAGAUUUAAGCAGCUAGAUAAGGCACAGGGCUGUGAGUGGGAAUUCAAUCUUGCAGCACGAAUUAAAGCUAAUACUGACAAGAUGGCGCUUCCUAUUGCAUAUGGCAGAAGCUAUCGCGACAAUUUCAACGUCUCGGACUUGCAUCGAUCUCUCUUAUUGGAUGAUAACGACGGCCCAUUGCAUUGGUUAUCCCAUGAACUCUCAAAAGCUACCCGAGACGAUGCAACCGCAGCAGAUAUUCGAGGCUGGUCACCACUACACUACGCAGCAGAGACGGGAAAAACUCCUGCUGUUGGUCGCCUCCUCAAACUUGGCACGAAUGUUAACGCAAAGAAUAUCCUAGAGUGGACACCACUGCAUUGUGCCUCUAAGGGUGGACAUGUCGAAACUCUGCGGGCUCUCAUCCGAGAAGGGGCAGAACUUGAUGCACAAGGUCGGGAUGGCGUAUCGCCAUUGCAUUGCGCAGCCAUAAACGGUCACCGUGACGCGGCCUGCGCACUAGUUGAAGCGGGGGCGUCUAUUGACAUUAUAGACGCCUCAGGAACCACACCUCUUUUAUGGGCAGCGUACAAGGGGCGUGAAAAUGUUUUUGAAUAUUUACGACCGAAUGCAAAUAUAAACCUCCGGGAUCAUCAUGGGAGGACUUGCCUGAGUCUGGCUGCGUUGAGCGGGGCGAAGGAUGUAGUAGAAUCUCUUCUCGAUCAAGAUAUUGACAAGCUGCGAUGA